AUUUUUGGAAACGUAAACAACAACGUUGUAUCAGAACCAUGACUGAUCUGCAACACCAAUUUGACGAACUUGAACUUUUAUUUAACCAGAAUGAAUUAGCUAUUGAUACGCAUAUUCAAAAUUUGAAUCGAAUAAGUAGAGAUAUCUCUCAAUUGGAUGUAAAAUCUGAUUUCGAUGGUAUUCAUAAUGCAUUAAAUCUGUUGCUACAUACAUUUAUAGACAAAUCUGAUCCCAAACAAGAUGCAAUAACUGAAUUGAGGAAUUCAGUAGGUGAUGGGCCUAGAGCAUAUAACUUCAAUCAAAUAAUAGAUGCUAUUGAAGAGUUGGAUGUAUCUGAAGAGUACAUGUUACAAUUGAAUAGAACAAUUCAAGUGUUACGAGAUAGUUAACUCUAUUGCUAUAUACAUGAAACAUAAUACUUAAAAGGUCUUUGGAGCUAAUGAAACGAUCUUGUUAUAUUGCAAGUCUCUUAAUUCCUUGGCGACAACGGAUGAGAUUCUUGUUCCUAAUGGUUCACCAUUCUUAUUUAUUAAUACACAAGCAUUAUCGUCAAACUUAACCAUGGAUCCAUCAGGACGUCUGAAUGGAGAUCUUGUUCUCACAACAACAGCACGACAGAUAUCUUUUCUUUUGACUUUGUUGGUGGAUGUGGUACCAUCAGCUAUUGGUUUGGCUUCUUUUACAACAACGGUGAUUUGGUCACCUAUUUGAGCACAUGAUUUAGGUUUAUGACGUAAGACUUUGAUACAUUCAACAACUAAUGCACCAGAGUUAUCAAUAACAUUAAGUAAGGACUUUAAGUAGAUCAUAGUGGUUGUAUAUACAAAGGUGGUAGUCUAACUUUUUUGGUAGAGAGAAAUUUUCUUUUUAUUUUUUUUUUCACCACCAAAGUGAAAAAAAAAUUUUAUAUACCGGAACAUACAACUAUAAUGAUACGAAGAACCAUACGACGGUUAGGAACAAUUACAAAUUGGCAUGAAUCGGAAAUAAUCAUAGAUAGAAAGUCAAAGUUUCAAGCAAGGAACGUGAAUAUUACAUCAGAGUCGGAAAUACCUCAGGUGUUGUCACAAUUUAAGCAGCAACACAAAUCCAUAGCUAAGAAUGCCAGUCAUCCCCAUAUGUUAGCAUGGAGAACGGGUGAAGUACUAGAUGGAAAGCAAACAAACAUUAAACAAGGUUUUAAAGAUAAUGGAGAGAGUGGUGCAGGUAGUAAAAUCCUUGAGCUACUAAUAAAGCACAACAUAGUCAAUGUACUAGUGAUAGUUACUCGCUGGUACGGAGGUACGCCCUUGGGUGGACUGAGAUUUAGACAUAUUACAAACACAACAUUAAAAACCUUACAAAACCUGAAUAAACUAUAAAACCUUAAAUAUUCUUUUUAUCUAGACCUUUAUCAAUCUCGUCGUCUAUUUCUUCGGUAGUUUUUACAAUAAAAUCGUACACCUUUCUCAAAAAUAAAAAUUGUAAAAAUGCAACAAGAGUCACAACACCAAAUAUUGCAGCUCUCUCCACUUCAGAUUCAACAUCUAAAAAUGCAUAAGGAUACUUGGCACCCUUUUCAAUAUCAAUCAAACUCUUUAAUAAACACCAAUAUACCAGGGUCAAAAAUACAAGUAACCCUAAUGCUGAAGAAGUCUUGAUAGUCCAUUUAGGCAUAAAAACCAAAUAGUCAAUUAGCAAAGAAACAACUGGCAUCAAAUGGAUAGCCAAAUCCGUCAGUAAUGAAAUACAAAAGUUUUCUGGUGCUGAAGUUAAUAAAUUCAUAAAAAACAAUCUUAAUGGCCAGUAGAUCACAGCAACUAUAGUUUCAAGAGCUAAACCUAUAGGAUGGAUAUUAUUCUUGAUUCCAAACAAGAUGUUGUUAUGUGUGAUAUGGGCUACAAACCCUAACCCAAACACCACCAACGAAUAUACCAAGGACAAAUUAGUUAAGAACUGCCAAUGUCCUGCACCUGCGAGGUAUUCCGGUAGUUCCACCGUCAUUAUAUUGGUAUAUAUGCCAUAAAAACCAAUAGCCAAUGAAAUACCAUCAAUAAAUGCAAUAACUGGAUUACCUACUUCUCUUCGAGACAUGUUUGAACUGGUUUGCAGUGGAUUACAUAAGAAAUGAAAAAAUUUUUUAAAAAGAAUAGUAUCAUGCAAAAGAGGGG